GUAAGUGCAGUUUUGUAUUGUUAUACCUACACUAUAUCUGAAAGUAAAGCUGAAUUUCUCUCAAUUAAGAAUAUUAACAUUAGCUCAAAUUUAUUUAUCUUGGCUUAUGAAGAAAUUUGUUAUUUAUGUGAAAUCAAUUUAUUUCUAAACUUAGUUGAUUUUACUACAUGCAAAUGGCUGUGAUUAAAGUUGUAUGCAAAAAUUUGAAAAAUAAUCCUCAAUGUCCACAUGGACCAACUCUCAAGUUUUUGAGAGUGCAAGAUAGUUUCAAGCAAGAGUUCUAUGCCUGCUCAGCAUACAGAGAUCGCAAACACUGUCCGUUUUACCAUGUUUGUGGUGAAGUGUUCUCAGAAAAUUUACAACAAAUUUGGGCAAUGGAGAGGCAGAGGAUGCUGCCCAAUAUAGACCAUGCUAAGCUGGAAGUCAGACUGGAGAAAGUGAAGCAGGCAUCUCCCAAAGAUCGGCUUUACUGCCAUUCUUGUUCCCAGUUGGAUCUGACUGUCAGGAGAGCACAGCAUGCUUCACAUAAUGUACAGACCAUAAUUUCCGACAGCAUGCUUGCUCACCCAUCCCAGCUACUCAAGCCUAAGGAGGGAUCAAAGAAAGAGGCACAAUAUUUGUUUGCAGACACUACAUCCAAGGUGAUAAUAGAGAACCUUGAGAGAGCUGGAGUCUCACGAGUAUUGUGUCUCGGUACCCCUCGAGUACAUGAGCACAUACAAGCCGCAGCAGGAGACAUGCAGUCAUUGCUACUGGACUUCGACCAUAGAUAUCACUCGUUCUGGCCGAGAGAGAAGUUCUUGUGGUACAACAUGUUCAACCGCCAUGUGAUGUCUACAUGUAGCAAAGAGCCUAAACAUGUUUUACGCAAGUUCCUGGCAGCAGGGGGGGUGGGGAGAGUGGCACUGGUGAUGGACCCUCCAUUUGGGGGCCACAUAGACCCUCUGGCAGCUACAGUACAGUACUUCAUUCGUCAGGUAGACAACCUCAUUGUGAUAUGGUUUUUCCCGUACUUUCGUGAACGUCAGAUUAUUGAGAAGUGCCCUCAACUGAUGAUGAUGGACUAUAAGGUUGAGUACGACAAUCACAAGGAGUUCAACAAUGGCAAGAAGGGGCGAAAGUUAGGAUCUCCAGUGCGGAUGUUUACCAACAUUGUGGCGAAAGAGUUUGUCCUUCCAAGAACUGAGGGCUAUUGGCUUUGCAAGCCUUGUGCAAAGUGGGCCUCACCUGAAAACAGACACUGUGUCAAAUGCAAAGCUUGCACAUCCAAGGAUGGCAGAACGUACAAGCAUUGUGACACCUGUAACUGCUGUGUCAAACCCCAGUGGUCACACUGCUUUAAUUGUGAGAGAUGUCUUCCCUCACCUCACACUUGUUCACCUCUCAUGUCUCUAUCUGUUGCAAUGUUGCAGGAUGGCAGAACGUACAAGCAUUGUGACACCUGUAACUGCUGUGUCAAACCCCAGUGGUCACACUGUUUUAAUUGUGAGAGAUGUCUUCCCUCACCUCACACUUGUUCACCUCUCAUGUCUCUAUCUGUUGCAAUGUUGCAGGAUGGCAGAACGUACAAGCAUUGUGACACCUGUAACUGCUGUGUCAAACCCCAGUGGUCACACUGCUUUAAUUGUGAGAGAUGUCUUCCCUCACCUCACACUUGUUCACCUCUCAUGUCUCUAUCUGUUGCAAUGUUGCAGGAUGGCAGAAUGUACAAGCAUUGUGACACCUGUAACUGCUGUGUCAAACCCCAGUGGUCACACUGCUUUAAUUGUGAGAGAUGUCUUCCCUUACCUCACACUUGUUCACCUCUCAUGUCUCUGUCUGUUGCAAUGUUGCAGGAUGGCAGAACGUACAAGCAUUGUGACACCUGUAACUGCUGUGUCAAACCCCAGUGGUCACACUGCUUUAAUUGUGAGAGAUGUCUUCCCUCACCUCACACUUGUUCACCUCUCAUGUCUCUGACUGUUGCAAUGUUACAGGAUGGCAGAACGUACAAGCAUUGUGACACCUGUAACUGCUGUGUCAAACCCCAGUGGUCACACUGCUAUAAUUGUGAGAGAUGUCUUCCCUCACCUCACACUUGUUCACCUCUAACUGAAAAAGAACCAUGUAAAAAAGAAAAUAUAACGCCCAGGCACAAACGGAUGAAGAUAAUGAAGAUCAAAACUAAAUCUAAGUCGGUGAAAAGAAAUAUACAAAAUGUGAUGAGGAAUAAAAAAAGUUAGAAUUGUUAA